AUGUUGUCAUUUGCCCACCUCCAAUUUGGCACCCUCCUCCAAGCCACCUUUCUCCUCGGCAUGAACACAGCCCUAUCUACCAUCUCCAUUCCUUCCAUUCUCGAGUCUCCGUCUCCCAUCCUCGCAAUCAGGCAAUGGCACUACCAGUUCCGCGCCGCGCAAGUCCCUGCUACUUCGCUCUCGGCAUCCAACCUCAUUCUGUCCGCCAUCAUGACAUACAGUUCCUCCACCCAGCAAGGAUUUACGGGGAAGACCACUAUCAUCUACGGCGUUAGCAGCGUAUUGGCGUUCCUGAUCUUCCCAUUCACCCUUCACUAUAUGAACCCGGUGAAUGAUGUGUUGAUUGAGAAGUUCAAAGCGCAGAAAGAUUUGCAUUAUGCGGAUCUACCGGAGAAGGGCAGGGGAAUGCAGACUGCGAGAGAUCACGACAAGAUUGCCUACUGGGGCUACUUGAACCGUGUGAGGAUUGUUCUUUAUGCUGGUUUCGUGGCUUGCAAUGCUGCUGCUAUUCUGGUCUAG